GGCCCCAGUGGGCGGAUGAAGCCGGGAAGGGCCGUCGAUGCAGCAUCGCCGCCUCCCCCGAUGUCUGAGGGUGACACUGCAGAGAAACCGGGCCCCUCGCCGUAGGUCGCGAGUCAUAAUGAAGAAAAUCAGCCUCAAGACCUUCCGAAAGUCUUUCAACUUGAGCAAAAGUAAAGAAGAGGCGGAUUUCAUGGUCGUGCAGCCACCCUCACUGGCCAGUGAUUUUGGAAAAGAUGAUUCCUUAUUCGGUAGCUGCUACGGGAAAGACAUGGCCAGCUGCGACCUCAGCGGCGAAGAGGAGAAGGGCGGCAAGAACCGGGCCAAAAGCGAGAGCCUCAUGGGCACCCUGAAACGACGGCUGUCCGCCAAGCAGAAGCCGAAGGGCAAGGGCGGCGCGGCCCCCGGCGGCGCGGCCGACGCCGACGCCUUCUCCUGCGCCUCGGCCCCGGUGGUGUUCAAGGACGCGCGGGCCCAGCGGCCCAUGCGCUCCACGUCGCUGCGCAGCCACCACUACAGCCCCACGCCCUGGCCCCUGCGGCCCACCGCCUCCGAGGAGACGUGCAUCACGAUGGAGGUGAGCGUGAAGGCGCUGGUGCACGCCGCGGGCCCCAGCCCCCGGAGCCCCGCGCUCAAGCGCGCCGAGGCGCGCCGCGGGGACCUGCACCUCCGCCUGGAGGACCACGUGCCUGUCGUCAUUGGCCUUACGCCUCAGGACUACAUCCAGUAUACUGUGCCUUUGGACGAGGGGAUGUACCCCCUGGAGGGGUCGCGCAGCUGCUGUCUGGACAGCUCCUCCCCCAUGGAGGUCUCCGCGGGGCCGCCCCAAGGGGCAGGGGGCGCCCCCUCGGAGGGCGAGAAUCAGGGAGACCAGGACCUGGGCGUGGCCCCGGAGCUGUGCGCGGGCCCGCCGGUGGACGGCGUGUUGAUCGGCACCGCGGGGGUGAUGCUGCAGAGCCCCCGGGCGGGGCCCAGCGACGCGCCCCCACUCUCACCGUUGCUACCUCCAAUGCAGACGAAUCCAAUCCAAAGGAACUUGGGCGGGCUGGGCGGCCCCGACGCCCCCGGGGCGGACAGCGUGCGCUGUCAUUUGAACUUCGACCCCACCUCGGCGCCGGGGGUGGCCAGAGUUUACGACUCGGUGCAGAGCAGCGGCCCCAUGGUGGUGACCAGCCUGACGGAGGAGCUGAAAAAGCUGGCCAAGCAGGGCUGGUACUGGGGGCCCAUCACCCGCUGGGAGGCGGAGGGGAAGCUGGCCGACGUGCCCGACGGGUCCUUCCUGGUCCGGGACAGUUCUGAUGACCGGUAUCUCUUAAGCUUGAGCUUUCGCUCCCACGGCAAGACGCUGCACACCCGGAUCGAGCACUCCAACGGCAGGUUCAGCUUCUACGAGCAGCCCGACGUGGAAGGACACACGUCCAUCGUGGACCUGAUCGAGCACUCAGUCAGGGACUCUGAGAACGGAGCGUUCUGUUACUCGCGGUCGCGCCUGCCGGGCUCGGCCACCUACCCGGUGCGGCUGACCAGCCCGGUGUCCCGCUUCAUGCAGGUGCGCUCCCUGCAGUACCUGUGCCGCUUCGUCAUCCGCCAGUACACCCGCAUAGACCUGAUCCAGAAACUGCCUUUGCCCAACAAAAUGAAGGAUUAUCUGCAGGAGAAGCACUACUGAGAGCAUUUGAGAACUCUGUACCUGGCACUUCGGGAAUGAGGAAAAAGAGAUGGAAAUACAGUUUACAAACUUCCAUUGCUGUCAGAGUCGUUUGCUGCCGUAUGAGUUCAGUUUUAUGUGUAAGAGUGAUCAGCUCGUUUAGGAGUGGGGAAGGUCGGCACGGUGUCUUGGGUUCGUUUUGGUUCCUUAAGAAGGGAAGUCUUGAGGUUUUAGAAGUGUGAAUUGUCUUCAUCAAUGUGCAAAUAAUCACAAUGUGAACGACCAGAUUCUCCUCCCCCCGCCCCCGUCCUCUGCUGCUAUCCACUGUGAUUUUUAUGCAUUAGAAGCAAAAAGCACAUUUCGUGUGUUCAACCCUCUGAAAAGUGGAAUGAAGCUUACAGAAUGACAGUGGUUGUUUGUUCCUCUAAAUGGCCCGUUUGGAAAGCUAGUGUUAAGUGAGGCGCUUGUGUGAUAAGAUACAAAACACACGUAACUCUGAAAAGGAUUUUCAUUUCCUAGUGUAGAUUUGUGCCCCACUACGAGUCGACGUAACCGUGGGCAGCGGAACGGGUCACAGGCCCACUCGGUGCCCUUCCCAGGUCUCCGCUAGCUUUUAGGCUGUGCUGAUUUCUUGGAUGUGAAAAGUCAGAUUUUUCUGUGGCCUUCAUUUUCAUCUCUUAGUUUUUCUAGUUUAAAAAAUGGCCUUAUAUUUUUAAGUCGUAACAGCAUACCACCAACUUGGAAAUUGUUGCUUUUUUCUGUCAUUAAACUGAUGCAAAUUGGCAUAACCUAUAAAGACUUAGGAGCUCAGAACUACUAAAGAAAUACUAGGUGGUCUUAGUUUCUCCUGUGUUAGCAAUUUUUUUGUGUGUUAUCUAUACUUUGUUUUGGUAAAAUAUUUUAUCUGUUCAAAAUAUUUUAUCCUAGUCCACAUUUCCUUGGGUGAAUUUGAUUAGGGCUGAUUUUCAUAAAUGGACUGAUUCUUUAGACCAUAAAGUUCAUAUACAAAAUGUUAAGCCGGUUUGAAUAGAAAGAAAACGUUCUUCAAGCAGUGAAUUUUUCCCUUUUCUGUCGUCACUAUUGAGAUGUGCUAGAUUUGAGCCUUUCAUCCCCCUCCCAAGAAAUCCAAAAUUGGUGACUUUAGUUGAAAAGUUGUGGAAAUUGUGGCGCACCCGUAAGAGAAGUAUUAAAACCAUAUGUGACUCAUGGAGGUCUCACUGCCUGCCAUAUGGACUGUCAUUUAAAAAUAGGUUUUCUGCUUGUUUCUUUUUAAUUUAGUGAACAGUAAAUUGGCAUCAUUAGUUCUUUUAUCUCUUUGAUUCAGUUGUUGGGGGCUGGGGACAUUCGCCCCAGUAUUUUUCAGUUGCUAUUAAAUGCGGUGUUUUGUGGCUGUGUGGUUCUUUAGUGUAGCGUUUUAGAAUUGCCCUGUCCAGAAAAUGCUUCCAGCUGCCCAGCUAUAGAGGACACGUUUCUGUCUCCCAUGAACUGUGUCAUCUCAUAACGUUUCUUCCUGUGUGGCUCAGUUCUGUGCUCUCACCGUGUGAUACACGGUGAGGCUGUCUUAGGCAAACCUCACGGCUCUGUGAGAACCAUCUCUGUGCCCCCGCUGUUCUCUGGUUUUUAGGGUCUCAGCUGCAGAUCACCAAGAAAAGGCACAAUGCCGUAAUACCGAGCUAGGGCGUUUGGUACUUGCUCUUGCCGGAGGGUGGGUUGUACCUUCUCAGAGUCUCCCUUUCAUGUUUUCGCCCGACGGAGUAUGGAGUAAACUGUAAUAAUAUAACGUACGUGUUCACUGUAAGCUGUUUGGAUUAAAAACUAUUACAGAGUUGUAAACUUGUUAUCAAAUUAAUGCAAGACAUUUAAACUAUUUUUUUGCAAAACUAUUUAUUUUUAAAGCAACUUAGAAUAUAUCUAGGGUGAGUUAAAAGCCCCUGUGCAUCUACAUUAGAUGGCAGGUAGAGUCAGAGUCACUGUGCGUUGUUAAUAAAUGUUGAGACGGCUUCUCUGUCCGGGAGCACGUGCAUGUGUCUUUGCGAGAUCCCGGGGCACAGAGGUCUCUGGACUGCCCUGAAGCCCGCUGGACGUGGGCAGGACCUGCCCCCGCGUCUCUUCACGGCCCUCGUGUUAAAUUUAGCCAUUUGGUUUCAGCUUCAGAUUAUUCUCACCUCCACUUCCUGCUUUUUAAAACUGUACUUCGUGUUCUUAUUUUGUGGAUGGCAAGUCUUGCUGUUUUAAUCAGAAAGCCAUUUUUUUUUUUUUUUUGCGUGCUUUUGUAUAAUCGUCACUUAAAACCACCUAUUCUAAUUCAAUCUGAAAGUGCUAGGGUUUGACUGGGUACUGAUGACAUCAAAUAAUCGGCAGGUGGCUCUUCACAGCCGCAGCGCAUCGCGCGUGUCUCUGCUUCUGUGUAGAGGAGACGUGUGGCAGGCGUAGCACUCCGUGGCGUGGGGAAAAGAAUCAUGACGUUUCAUGCAGAUAUAAUUUCAGUAAAUUUCUGGAUCUUAUUGAAUGGUGGCUUCAAUGACCUGGACGUCAACCUGUAAGCGAUUUUUUUAAAGUUGUUUCUGCAAAGUAAAAAAAGCACGAAAACUGCAUUCUCUUGUCACAAUGAAUGAAUCAGAGGUUUUUGGUUUUUUGUUUUUAAUCAAAUACUUCCUCACAAGUCUGAUGGAGGCAAGAAGCAUGCCUGGGCUUUCUAGGACAUUCUUAUGCAUUUUUUAUAAAUAAUAAGAAACCUAUAGAAAGUACUUGAAAAAAAAUCUCACCGUUUCUCUUUCUAAGGAAAACUGUCCUCUUUCUACUUGGUGCAAUAAUAGGAAAACUUAGAAGGUCAAAAUAGUGUAUCACAGGAAAUGAUCAUAGAUCUAGAAAUAGUGUCUUAAGAAACCAGCUACGUAAGACAUCCACCUUGGUGAUGAAGCGCCUGUGCAGAGGCCACGUGAUUGCACAGAGGAAAGCAAGCGCUGUGUGUGUGCGGCCUAACUUCUGAGCCAGUGUUUCUGAUAGAGGAUGAAAGUCGCUGAAAUCUCACACAGGCUGUAUGCAGUGUCUGUCAGCUCUACACAUCUCAACUUCCACCUUGACAGUGCUUUCAGAAAUGCCUGUUUCAAUCACUGUCCCUUUCUCAUUGUGUAUGAGCGAUUCUUGCUCUAUGAAUGAUCCACAAUAAUAAUUUUAAAUCUUAAUAGCUUUUCAUGGAAUGUGAAGUCUUAAUUUGAAAAAGAAAUCACACUACCAGCAAUAGACAGUUUUGUUGAAUACUCUACAAGAACACUCACCAGAUCCACAAGUAACUUUAAAAUUCUAAAAGUAUUGGUACGCUAGUAAUCACAAAUUUGAUUUCUUUUAAUACUUUUUUAAUCCUGUAAAGAUUUUUAUAAGCAUCCUUUUUAUUAAUCAGUCAUAACAUGGCAAAUGCAUAGUUGUUAUUUCUGAAAAGUAAUCCAAACUGUACAUCCAGAGAUGAUGAAAAAUUCUUAUAGAAUUUUGUAAUAAGUAUACAUGUUGGGUUAAAGAAAUUUUAUAGUUGGAGUGCCAUGGAAUUAAUACUUGCAAUCCUAAUUGCUGUAGUUUACACUUUUUCUGUAUGUUUCAAAUCAGGUGUGUACCAUUUGUGCUGAGAACACCACAGAAUGAAUUAUCCAAAGUCCAUUGAUUUUAAUAAGUGUUUUUGGUUUGUAAACAAAUUAUAGUAAUUUCUUGCACAUUUUUGGAAAUUAAUUG